CAAUAAAUAACCCUUCAUUCUAUAAAAAAAGCAAAAAAAACCAGCCAAAGUUCUAUAAUAAUUCUGGAUAUUUUUGUUCAAUUAGUGGCUAUAAUAGAAAAAAGGUUAUUAUUAAGCAAAGAAUAGAAAAUGUCCGAUAAUGAGGAUGAUUUUAUGUGUGAUGAUGAGGAGGAUUAUGGUUUGGAAUAUUCGGAAGAUAGUAACUCAGAACCUGAUGUAGACUUAGAAAAUCAGUACUACAAUAGCAAAGCUCUUAAAGAAGAUGAACCUACAAGUGCACUAGCCUCUUUUCAAAAAGUUCUUGAUCUGGAAAGCGGCGAUAAGGGCGAAUGGGGCUUCAAAGCGUUGAAACAAAUGAUUAAAAUUAAUUUUAAAUUGGGUAAUUUCGAAGAAAUGAUGACUAGAUAUAAGCAACUUCUUACAUAUAUUAAAAGUGCCGUAACUAGAAAUCAUAGUGAAAAAUCUAUUAAUUCAAUCUUGGAUUAUAUCUCAACUUCAAGGAAUAUGGAACUACUACAGAAUUUUUACGAGACCACGUUAGAAGCUUUAAAAGAUGCCAAAAACGACAGACUUUGGUUUAAAACGAAUACGAAGCUGGGCAAACUAUAUUACGAUAGAGGAGAUUUUAAUAAAUUAGCUAAAAUCUUGAAACAACUCCAUCAGUCCUGUCAAACUGAUGAGGGCGAGGACGAUCUUAAAAAGGGGACGCAACUCCUUGAAAUUUAUGCUUUAGAAAUCCAAAUGUACACGGCACAGAAAAACAAUAAGAAACUCAAAACUUUGUAUGAACAAUCCCUGCAUAUUAAAUCUGCAAUACCUCAUCCGUUGAUCAUGGGCGUUAUUAGAGAAUGUGGCGGUAAGAUGCACCUCAGAGAAGGGGAGUUCGAAAAGGCGCACACUGAUUUUUUCGAAGCUUUCAAGAACUACGAUGAAUCGGGUAGUCCUAGGCGUACAACUUGUUUAAAGUAUUUAGUCCUGGCCAAUAUGCUUAUGAAAUCCGGUAUAAAUCCAUUUGAUUCGCAAGAAGCUAAGCCUUACAAGAACGAUCCGGAGAUUUUAGCGAUGACCAACUUAGUCAAUGCUUACCAAAAUAACGAUAUCAAUGAAUUUGAGCAUAUUUUAAAGCAAAAUAGACAAAAUAUUAUGGAUGAUCCUUUUAUCCGGGAGCAUAUCGAGGAUUUGCUCCGUAACAUCAGGACUCAAGUGCUUAUUAAAUUAAUAAAGCCAUACACAAGGAUACAAAUACCAUUUAUUUCCACCGAGUUGAAUAUUGAUGUGUCUGAGGUUGAGAGCCUUCUUGUUUCGUGUAUAUUAGACAAUACAAUCCAAGGUCGUAUAGACCAAGUGAAUCAAGUCCUGUUUUUGGAACGAGCAACAGUGAACCAUGCAAGAUAUUACGCUUUAGAUCGAUGGGCUAAUCAAUUAAAUUCUCUUCAUUCAUCCAUAAUCAACAAAAUGUCGUAAUGGAAAACUUAAGGAAACACCAAGUGAUAGCGCUUUGCGCCUUUAUAAAUUUUUUAAACUAAAAUUUACUGUAUCAAAUGGACUAGUUCAUAAAGUGUAAUAAUUGAUAAUUAACUUUGUCUAUCAAUUUGUCCGAAAGUUGGAAGCAAUAAAACAUACAGUCUGUCGCCAAUAGGUGCAACACAUUUUAUUCGCAUUUCUGCAGAAAUUGGAAUUUCCAAACCUGAUCUCUGAUUUCAUAAUGUAAUCGCAAUGGAUGACUCUGAUAUUAUCAAGGGCUGAAGGAAAUCUAUUUACACCAGGAGAAUAAGUGGAAUGUGCAUUUUGCGUUUAAGCUAUAGGACAAACUGUAUGUUUGUAAAUAUCGAUGUUAAUUAUUUCUGUUUUGGUUUGAUAUUUUCCGCUUAUACGAAGUGAUACAUUAUUUGGUUAUGUAGCCUUAACUUUAGAUAACUUAUUUUAGUCUUGAAAUGUUUUCCUAAUUAAAAAAAUUGUAUUUUAUUACGAAUUGUUUUGAUGAUUUGAUGGGUAGCAGGUGUUCUUUGUUUAGAAGCAUCAAUUUAGUUGACAAAGUCUGAUAUAUCCCUUAAUGUAAAAAAUGCCAAAUAAAACAUUAACAAAAAAAAUGUAAGGAGCUCUG